AUGGCUAAAUCUCUACGCAGCAGAUGGAAGCGAAAAUGUCGUGCGAUCAAACGCGAACGUUACGCAGUAAAAGAACUGGCCAGGUUAAAGAAAAUGUUAGGCGUAAAGGAAGAAGAAAAAGUUAGUGAAAAAGAGGUUAUGGAAUCUGAUCAAGUAAUAUUUUUGGACGCUGGUGCCUUGAAAGCGAAUAAAAAGAAGAAGGAAACCCCGCCGGAAGAAGAGGAAGAUGUCGAAAUGAGUUCAGAUGAGGAAAAAGUCGAGGUUUCGGACGACAAAGGUGAAAAACGUAUCUUCAAUUCUAAAACUUUAAAAGAUCAAAAUGGGCAAUAUCCAGUAUGGCUGCAUAAACGGAAGAUCGCGAAAUUAACAAACGCUAAGAAGAAGUUUAAACGAAAGACAAAAAGUAAGAAACGUAAAUAA